GAUGCUGGUGUACAACAACAACAACUUGAGGAAGGUGAAACACAGACCCCCGUCAACUUUGAUGGGUAUGAAGAGCUGGAGGAGUCGGAGGGGGCGCAGGUUGAGAAUGCUGGUCAAAACAGGGCCAGUGACCAAGACGCUGUUGGCCCAGCCGACGUUGAUUUGCUUUCUGCCAGCUAUCUUGACAGCUUGUUUACUGAAGACUUCCCCACGCCCAUGGAUGUGGACCAUGAGCCCAAAGAAAGUGAGGCCGUCGCGACUGAAGGUACUGAAGAGAUUGCUGAAGCGCAAGGUCCUUUUCCUGGGUGUGGUGACCGUGAAUCUUUGGACAUGGUGUUGGCAAAGGCUGCAGCGCCAAAGGGCCCUCAUCUUCUGUCUGAUUGGGACAAUUCCAGGCCUCCGACCAUCAACAUUGAGGACAGCCCAAGCGAGAGCAAGUCUGCCUCCCAUGACUUCGCUGCGGCGGCGGUGUCUGGGACAGCCUUUGAGAAGUACGAUCGGCUCCAGAAGCUUCUUGAGACAAUGAAAGGUCGCAUCAAAGAGCUCGAGGCUGCUUCUGCUGCAAAGCCUUCAGGAUGUGACGUGGUUGGCCCCUCAAACUGUGGAGCUUCCUCUUGCGAUGUGGCAGCCACUUCUGAGCCCAGGUUUGAGCGCACUGGCUCAAGCGUUGACAUCGGUGAAACACUGCUUCAAUGUGAUGUGGCAGACACGCAAGCAGCGUUCAACAUUUUUCUCGAUGAGACCUUGCCUCUUGAUGUCUCAGAAGAGGUUCCCAAGUUGCAUCGCACCAGCGCUCCGCCGGCCAGGUCUCAAGAUGUUGAGCCUUCACAGCGGGAUGUCAACAUGGACAACAAUGAUGAGCAGGAGAUUGCGCCCGUCAACUUGGACUCUGCUUUCAAAGCUGCUUCCUCAGAGCCCGAGCAGGCUGCUGAGCCGACCAUGGAUGCUUUGGAACCUAUCCACCGCAAGUGUGAGGAUCCACCUGUUGAACCUGUCGGAGAGGACCUGCCCAAGAAUGAUGGCGGUGGCGGCGAACCUCCGGCCGAGCAAGCCUCCAAAGUUGGUGUGCAGCCGGAGGCUGAUGCACUGCAGCCUGAUGGUGCUGACAAGGCCAAGCAACCACGGAGGCCGAGGAAGACCAAAGCGGCAGCAAACAAUGAGGAUGUGAAUGCCCCAGAGCCACGGCCUCCAAAGGCCAAGACAGCUCGAAUUGCUGAGAAGGAGAAGGACAAGACUGAUGGGCUUCCCGCAGAUGUCAAGAAAGCCGAUGAUGAGGGAAAGAUUCCCAACACCUUUGGGGGCCGAGCCCGCCCAGAGGGGGGAUGGGCAUUCGAGAAAUAUGCCAGGACCACGAUGGCCUUCGAGGAGAGCAUUCAGCCAAGCUUGCCAAAGGGUGCCAAGAACAAAGCCCAGAUCCUGUUCUGCGGCAUGGUCACGGCGGAGAAGAAAGCCAGCAAGUCCAGGGACCCUUCCGAUUUCUCCUACAUUGUGGCCGCCACAGAGAAGUUCUUUGCUGAAUGGAAGAAAGUGGAGACACCGCCCAAGGAGAAGCCUGGACGGAGGGCAAAACCUGAUCCUCUGGCUCCUUCUGAGACCGUGCAGAAUGCUGAGAUGAAGGAAGCCUCUG